AUGCAGCAUCAACACGGCCUUCUCCUAGGGAUCACUCUAUACGUCAUCCAUUAUGGUGUCCUCAAGGGUGGCGUGCACUUCCUGUGUUUCUGCGGGCUUGAGCAACUCAUGCGAGCUGGAUGUGGACCUAAACUCCUGCAAAAAGUGUCUGGAAACUCAGGGCCAGUGUUCUUUUCUCCUAGACUCCAUAUCGCGUACGAUGGCUAUGCUCCAGUCCAUCUCAGAUCAGCAGGACUCUCUUCUUCAUGA